UUUAAGAGUGCCCCAACUGGUGAGGAUUUACCGGAUGUAAUAGAACAGGUCAAGUUCUCAAGUAUGGCCUGGAUGCAUGACCACAAGGGCUUCUUCUACAAUCGUUACCCAAAGCAACAAGGAAAAGCUGAUGGGACGGAGACAACCUCCAGCUUGCAUCAGAAGUUGUACUAUCAUAAACUGGGAACCAGUCAAGAGGAGGAUGUUUUAGUGGCCGAAACACCUGAGCAUCCUCAGUGGAUGAUUGGUGCUGAGGUGAGUGACUGUGGCCGAUACCUGCUGCUGACCCCAAGAGAAGGCUGUGACCCUGUCAACAGGCUGUAUUAUGUAGAUCUACAGGGCCUAUCUGAGGGUAUUACAGGUGUUUUGCCAUAUGUGAAAGUGGUGGAUAACUUUGAUGCUGAAUAUCAGUAUGUCACAAAUGAAGGCACAGUUUUUACAUUCAAAACCAACUUGAAUGCAUCACACUACAAACUCAUCAACAUUGACUUGAGCAAGCCGGAGCCUGAACACUGGGUGACUUUGGUGGAAGAGGACGAAGCAGCAGUUCUUGAGUGGGCAACUUGUGUGAAUCAGAAUCGGCUGAUUCUGUGCUACCUCCGAGAUGUCAAGAAUGAGCUCUUUGUGUAUGACCUGGCUAGUGGAGGAAGACAGUUCCAGUUUCCACUGGACGUAGGCAGUAUUGUAGGAUUUUCUGGCAAGAAGAAGGAUACGGAAAUUUUCUACCAGUUUGUCUCAUUUCUAACACCUGGCAUCAUCUACCACUGUGACGUGUCCACUAAGGACUACAAGCCUACAGUAUUUAGAGAGAUCUCGGUGAAGAAUUUUGAUGCCAGCAAGUUUGUCACUGAGCAGGUGUUUUACACGAGCAAGGAUGGAACCAACAUUCCCAUGUUUAUUAUACACAAGAAGGGGUUGGAGCUUAAUGGAAACAACCCAGUACUGCUCUAUGGGUAUGGAGGUUUCAAUAUCUCUGUAACGCCAUCAUUUUCUCCAUCCCGAGUUGUGUUUCUCCAGAAUUUAGGUGGUGUUUAUGCGGUGGCAAACAUCAGAGGAGGCGGUGAAUACGGAGAGACCUGGCAUAAGGAGGGGUCUCUAGGACAGAAACAGAAUUGUUUUGAUGACUUCCAGGCAGCCGCCGAGUACCUGAUCAACAAGGGUUACACAAACAAUAAGAAAAUUGUUAUCAAUGGAGGGUCUAACGGUGGUCUGCUGGUUGGCGCCUCACUAAAUCAGCGACCUGAUCUGUUUGCUGCAGGAAUUGCUCAAGUUGGUGUUCUUGAUAUGCUGCGCUUCCACAAGUUUACAAUUGGACAUGCUUGGACAUCAGAUUAUGGCUCUUCUGAUGAUCCAGAUCAGUUCAAGUGGCUCAUCAGUUAUUCUCCCCUGCAUACAAUCAAGACACCUGAAGGCGACCAACAGUACCCGGCCCUGCUCUUGUUGACUGGCGAUCAUGACGACAGAGUUUCUCCCCUUCAUUCACUCAAGUUCAUCGCAGAACUACAGCACACCCUGGGAGGUUCUGACAAACAGACUAAUCCACUAAUAAUCCGUGUGGAUACUAAAUCUGGUCACGGAUUUGGGAAGCCAACAGCUAAAGUGAUUGAGGAAAUCACGGACAUCUACAGCUUCAUCUACCAAACCAUUGGGCUGGAGUGGACUGAGAGUUGA